GGCUGAGGUUCUUCUCCUGUGUGAACGCCACUAAACAACGAGCCAUGAUUGUGAAAACGUGUGCAGUGUUACUCCUGCUCCUUGGCACUCUGUGCAUGAACCUGACCCAGGGGAAGCCAACGGCAGUUCUGAACAGGUGCAUGUGCAGAGGUGGAGCAACACAGAUCAAUAUGAGAAACAUCAGGGGAUUACAGGUUAUCCCCAUUCCAAACUGCCCUCUCCAACUCAUAGCCACGUUGAAGACUGGGAAGAGGAUUUGCCUGCAUCACAAAUUUUUGUACCUAUGGCAAAGGAAAAUAAGCAGAGAAGGCAAGAACUGAAUGGAGGGAAGAGUGAAGCCAGCUGGUUGGCCCUGUCUUGAUUCUGUGCAUGAGUGCGUAAUCACACUAAAGAUGCUCUGUGCACAUGUUAACUUACUGUUUCUUUGCCGUGCCUGCCUCGAUUGCUUUGCUAGCUGCCACACCUCAUUCUCAGUCUAUUACAAGCCGAAUCUAGUUAGCUGUAGUGUGGUGCGCACAUGCGCUUUGUCAGCAGUGCUGUUAAUGUUUUAAUUUUAAAACUGAGCACCUUCAAGUAUAUUUUCAAUGUUGUUUUCACUGCCAAUGAAUUCCAAGGCACGCUCCCAGGGUUAGAAAAAAUUGUUACACAAUGUGAUGGAACGAAAUGCAACUAGUGGGAAAUAUUAUUUUCAGCAGUACCUUUUUUGUUUUUGAAGAUUAUUAAUCAGUUAAUUUUUUAAAAACUAGGUAUUGUCAUUUUUCUUGAGUUCCCUACCCCAAUUAAUCUCCUGAAGCAGAAAUGUGAUUUUCAAGGAUGCACUUUCAUUUGGAGCUUGUAAGUCAUUGAAGGUGGAUGAGAUUUUCAGAUAGAAAUCCAACUCCUGUGACCUAUAAUUCCUUGACAGUAUCUAGUGGCAAGAGUAAAUGCUAUACUUGCUGACUGACCAGUACACUGACACACUGUCAGCUGUUAAGUCAGCAAUCAAAUAAUAUGAUCUUGAUGCUGUCCUCUUCCCACCAUGCUUUAGAUCUCAGCCGUCCCAAAGGAUGUAAGGCGUUUUGAUAUAGGGUCUUGUACAGUGUAAUCGUUUUGAUUAUCUGCUAGACUGGUGGUCCAUUAUCUCAGUUGGCUAGAGGUAUGCAUUGCAGAACACCACCAGCAGUGUGGGUCCAAUUCUCCUGCCAGCCAACGCUACAAUGAAGAUCACACCCCUUCAAAGUCCUCCUUUACCUGAGGCUCACUUACCUCGGGGUAAAACUCCAUCAACUUGUCCCUUGAUUGAGAGAGCAGGGCUGUGGCAACUUUACUUUUUCAGUAUGUCUGUGAGGAUAGCCCAGUGUGAUUAGCUUCCUAGUUCUCUGAACAAGUUUCUGAAUUUUCCAGAACUGUCUCCCCUGCUGGCACAAGAUUCCUUGAUUUUAGGAACUCACCAGAAAAAGUGGGAAUCUUUUAGCUUCCACUCCAUAACAUGGGUUAGAUUUUAAUAACUCCAGAGCAAAUUAUCCUGGAUCAGCCUUACCUAUCCAACCAGCAGCAACCAGGAUCGAUUUUCCUGCUCCUCGGAUGCUGCCUGACACUCUCAAUUCCAAACUCUAGUCCAUCCCUCUAGCCGCAGAAUUUACUGGACUGGAAAGGGUCUCUCAAAGCUAUUAUGUCCCCAACACUUACACAAUACUAAUGUGCCGCUGCUGAUGAAAUAUCUUCAUGAAGCAUUAAGGCUGGUAGAUGGAAGCUAUUGUUUGAAUUAAUGAAUGGUGUUUGAAGCUGCCAUUGGAGCUAAUUAAUUGCUUGUUUUGUACAUAUUGGAAUUUACUAAUCAUUGCUUGUUUUGUGAGAGCAAUUUGACAUUAUCUAGCGGAAAUCCAACUUUUAACUUCUGAUUUUCUGAAACGAGGUGCUAUAAGGAAGAAUUAGUGUCUGUGUUGGCAAGUGCCUUUUGUUGCAAUGUCCCUGGAAAUGUGAAAAUUCAACAAGGUGCUUCCUUCAAGGAAACACACAUACACUCAAAAUAUUAUUGUUGGAAAGGCAGCAAAAUACACCAAAUAUUUGCCCCAGUGAUUUUGAGCACGUGAUGUGCAGCAACUGAUGCAUGUCACUUCACUGUAUAUUUGUAGAUGAGAUGUUUUUACCAUAUUUUUAAAAAACAUUGUAAUUCAAACUAAGUUUGACAUGUUGGAAGACACUAUUGACUACUCUGUUUUAUACUGUUUCUUUGUAACAUUAAGAGGCUUUUUUACAGAAUAAACUUUUAAAA